AUCAAUAUGGCGUCUUUAUAUUUAUAAAAUUAAUUUCAUAUCAAAAAAGGAUAUGGACGAACUCGGAAGCAGUUCACAGGAUCUUCCUGAUGAUAUUGCUGUGCUCAAAGCCACCAUUGAAGAGUCAAGACGAAGAGAGCAACAGCUCCUACGAAGUAAGGAGCAGAACGAAAUUGAGUUCGGCCAAAGAAGAGCAAAAUUUAAAGAACUCUUUAUGGCAAGAGAAGAGGAACUUAAAAAAGAAAAGGCAAAGCUUCAGGCAAUCCAGGGAGAAGCAAGGAAGCUUAGAAAUGAACUGCAGAAAGUUCUAGCUGAGGGUGAUGGAUAUAGAGCUGCUGCAGUUUUGGCAGAGAAAUCUCAGAAAGAGGAACUAGAAACAAUGCGCUCAAAAUACCAAGAAGAGAUUGCGUCUUUACAACACAUCAUGUCUGAGUCUGUGCGGGAGGCCAAGGAAAGUUCUGCAGAACAGUUUGAAAUAGAAAAGCACAAUCUUCUGGCCAGAAAUAAAAAAUUAGAAAAUGAAUUAACAAACCUCAAGUCCCUCCUUUCUACGGAAGAGGAGAGUAGCAACAGACCAAGAAUGUUGUCAGGGAUCUCUGAUGCAGUGGUCAAUGUCAUAAGAAGGAACACUACAGCAAGUGGUAAUUCUAGUGUUGAAGAUGAGGCUGUAUCACCUGAUGGAAAAUCUUUGGAGAAAAGCAUGGAAAAGGCCCAAGAGGAUGCAGAAGCCUGGAGAUCAAUUGUUAUGCCUUUAGAGGAGGAAUUAUCCUUCACGAAAGCAAAAUUAAAAGAUUUACAAGAAAAGUUGCAAAUUGCAGAGGCCAAGCUUAAGGAAGGAGAAAAUAAAAAAAAUGACAAAAAAUCAGAUGGUGGAGAAACUUUCUCAAGGGAAAGGUUUGAAGAGCUGCAAGAAAAGGUAAAAGAGCUUAACCAAUAUCUAGAGGCUGAGCGGUCAUCACGCACAGAUCUAGAGAUGUAUGUGGCUGUCUUGAAUACUCAAAAGGGGGUUUUGCAAGAAGACUCUGAGAAAUUAAGAAAAGAGCUUCACAAUGUCUGUAGACUGUUAGAGCAAGAAAAAAUGUCACACAAUGAUUUAAAGCAGACAUGGGAGAUGGCAAAUGUACAGUUUGUAGAGAAUCUUAAGGUACAGAGUGAAGCUUUCACCAGAGUAUGGAAUGUCUUGACACCUGCUCAGCAAGCUGCUGUUCAGAAAAAACAGGGGCAGCAACAGGAAGAGCACCAGGGACAAAAACAACAACCACAGGUUGGCCAACUUAUUGAUCUGCAGAGUCCGCAGACAUCCCCACAGCCAACUAAUGAACAGCCUAGCCAUGUGCCUUUAUCUCCACAAGUGCCUGGAGAAUCUGGUUCAAUAUGGGACAGCAUUCCUACAGUUCCUUGCACAAAUGAGGUUUCAUCUGAAAUUAAUAAUCUUCCUGGAAUAACAAAAGAGGAAGACAAUGGAGGAAGACUAAAGAGAGUACACUCAGCAUCUGACAUAACAUGGAGUCGUGAGAAUAACAAUAGUGAGGUUUCCAGAGCACAUUCUGAAGAGGAGCUAAAUCCAGAGCUAUCAUCAGGUGCCUUGUCUAAUGUACCUCCAGCUGAUGGACCCAGUUCCCUCCCUUCCAGACCUCCGUUAUCCUCUAAACGAUCUGGGGCCAAAGUUGACUGGAAGAAUUUCCAGGAAGCUGUAAAAGUUUCCCAUGAAAGCAGCUUGAACAGAUCUUGUGCCAUGUGUGUUAACUAUGAAAAGCAGCUUCAAAAGAUGCAGGAUGAAAAUCAGAAGUUUCAAAACUUGGCAUCUAAUUUACAAGUGGCUCUGGAUCAAGAAAAGAAGGAAUUGUUUAAAGAACAAAAGAUGAGAAGCAAGUUGGAGGAGAGUGUGUCAAGUGCUGCAGAGGAUGCACAGAUGCAAAUCAACAAUCAUGCAAUGACAAACAAUAAGUUGGAAAAAUUGAUUGCUGGGCUAAGGGAGAACUUUGAGGCAACUAAACAUGGCGCCCAAACUCAAAUUGCAAAGCUUGUAACCUCAAGGGAUCAGUUGAUGCAGGAGCUUUCGCAGCUUAGAACAGAAUAUGCUGCACUGCAAGACAAUGCUAUUCAGCAACUGACUCAUAUGGACUCUGAUGCCAGGCUGGCUGAAAUGCAUGAGCAGUUGAUGCAGAUUAGAGCAGCUUCUGAGGUCACAGAGGAAAAGCUAAGAAGUGAGGUGGCUUUCCUGAAGGAUCGUGUGAUGGCAGAACAAGUUGCAAAGGACAGUCUAGAAGCAAUGCUUCAAGGGGAUGUGGAUAACACAAGGGUUGAACUUGAGAGACUAAGAGGAGAGUGUGAUAAGGAAAAAAAAGCCAGGGAAGAGGCACAGGCCAGGCUUAACAUGUCUGGUCAGUCCAUAAGGAACACAGAAGACAAAUCUAAACAAGUCAUCAUUGCUCUUAGAGGACAACUGGAUGAAGUUAAUGCAGAAAAGACUAAGGCAGAAGAGGAAAGCAAACAAUUGAGAAACCAAUUACAGGCAAUGACUGAACAACUAAACCAAAGUGAGACCGUUCAGAGAGACUUUGUGCGUUUAUCCCAGUCUUUACAGAUGCAAAUUGCUCAAAUUCAUGAAUCAGAAACAGAUGUUCGCUGGCAGUAUCCUGAUGACAUUAAAGAAUGUAAAAGUUGCCAAAAAGUAUUGAAAGCAAACAAAGAUAAGCAAAACUGCCAUCAUUGUGGUAAAAUAUUCUGUGAACAGUGUUUGUCCAAGUCUGUGAUGGGAAGUAAAACAUCAAAGUGGCAUCCUGUGUGUGACAGCUGCUAUGUUAUACUAAACAAGGAUUCUUCUUCAACAUUCUACAACACAACCCUGGCUGAUGAUCAGAGAUGAAUGGUUGUGGACUUGUGUACUGUGGAAGUUCAGGUUAAGGUUAAUUUUGAGAAAGAGUACAAAAUAACCCCACAGUUUUAUUUCUUGCUAAAGAGAAAAUUUUAGCUGAUUCUUUACUUUCUAUGAAUUCAUGAAAGAAUCUGAAUGGAUUGACUUUCUCUCGUGAUGAGGGGCAGCAUUCUCUGCCUCUCUUGUAAGUAGAUGAUAUAGCAAAUGUAGGAAAGAAAUGAACACUUCUUUAAGUGCUUGUUUAAAACCUUGGACUAAAUUGCCAACAAAUAGUUAACUAAACAAGUCAUUUAGUAAUUGACAUUGUUGAUCCAUGAUAAUGGUUAACCUAUUAUAUUAAGUCAGGUGCAUUGAUUCUGCCCUCGCUUAGAGGUUGGGGUUGGGUAGAAUUUUACAGUUUUCAUUGUUCUUUAAUCAUGCUAUCAUGAUUAUUAUUAAUAUGGCUAAGCUUCAUUAUAUGGAGGUUUGUAUUAGACAAAACACAACUUGGUCCUGACAUUAUCAGAACAUUACAUUCAUUGGUUACACAAAUUUUGAGUGGGAAUGAAUUUCUUUGAGGAGACAUUGUGCAAAUGUUCUUGUUAUGGUCUGCUUGCCUUACUGAACACCAGGCUGUUUUCCAUAUUUCAAGUUGGACUUCGAUAUUGUAUGUAUAUUCUGAUAUUCAAUUUUUUAUACAUACUUAAACAAAUUAAAUUGUAGAGGUGUAUUAUAUAAAUGGAACUUACAAUAAAGAAUGAAGAUUCCCCACUCAUUCAUCUUAAAUAAUUUAAUUGAACAUUAAAUAAAAGAUGACUUUUUCAGAUAGUUAUGUGCAGAAUAAAUCUUACUCACUCAGGCUAAGAGUAACAGAGUUAAGUUAUCAUAUCAUUUUUGAUAUUUCAUAUUGAUAGGAGCGGCAAGAGGGGAAAUUAGAGGUACAAUGUUAGGAUACAAUUUAAUUUUUCAGGGUGUGUGGAUAAGCAGAAAGUACGUCUUUCCUUGACCACAUCUUCAGUUCUCCUAUGGUGUGGUGCCUUAAUUAGAUUCUAUAAUCUUUGUUUCAUCUUUAAUAAGAUCUUUAAUAAGGAAACACACUUUUGGAAUCUUUCUGUCUCUGUAAUUUUUACAGUACAAUUGUUAACAAUUGAUGUUUUCUACUAAAUGUGUGCAACAGAAGAUGGAUUGAAAUAAAGAUCUUCAUAAAUUUGUUUUCAA